AUGGCUGGUGACAAGAUCCUCGUUUUCGGCGCCACUGGGCCUGCAGGCAUUGUCCUUCUACGAGAAUUACUUCAUCGUAAACUUCCAGUCCUGGCUUAUUGUCGAACACCUUCGAAAAUUCCCGAGAACAUCUUCGAUGAUCCUCUCCUUGAAGUUGUUAAAGGCGAUAUGACCCAACGAGACGCCAUAUCUAGAGCCAUCUCCAAGUCACGGGUUAUCAUCUCACUCCUCGGACCCAGUAGUGCCAAACCGCUUUCGGACUCUGAAUUUGCGGACUAUUACCGCCUUAUCGUGUCACUGAUGAAAGAACACCAAGUUUCUCGAAUUCUGGCCCUUGGCACGACAGCCAUCUAUCAACCCGACGAUCAAACCUCUAUCACCCGUGGUCUCAUGGGUACACUUAUCAAGGUUAUGGCGAACUCUGCAUACCACAACAUCCUGGCUAUUCAAGAGUAUUUCGAGAAGCUAAAUGAUACAUCCAUCGACUGGACUGUUUUUCGGCUUGGCUGGCUGGGUGGCACCAGCGACAAGUCUGCGUGGUUGACCGACCGUGAAAAAGGCAAGGCGUUUGCAGGACCUGUUGCGACUCUUGGCUACACUUCAGGAAUCAACAGAAGUAUCUUGGCCAGAUGGCUUGCUGAUGUAGCCACCGCUGAACCUGCGAUGUGGGUGCGUCAAAUGCCUGCAGUAAGCAAAGCUGGCUAA